AUGUGUUUUUGGUACGACCAGUGGAAAGACAUUGAUUUUGAGCCAAUUACAGACAUUGUGGUUUGUGAUGUUACAAUGCAGGUAUUGCUGGUUGGAGCUCCUAAGUCUGUAUCAAAUAGCAAUGCUACUGGGGGUACAGUGUACAGUUGUAACGUUCUGGGCAGUUCCACCAUAUGUGAUGACUUCUAUGAGAAGUUUUAUGCAGGACCAUUGAAUGUGUUAGGUCGUACUUCAUAUAUAAGAGAAAGCAAUCAGCUAUUUGGUCAGACAUUGCUUGCAUCUAAGGGAAGAGUUGUGGCAUGUGCUCCUCGACUUAAACUUGAUAAUGAAGUGACAUCAGAUAACCGAACAAUUCAAAGUUACUACCCAGGUGGUGUUUGUGUUCUGUACAAUGAGAACAUUGAGGAAGGAACUGAUUUUAUUCCAGUUUCACCUUUGGGAACUGGUGCAUUGACACAGUUUAAUAAAGAGCAUUUUGUUGUGGCUGAAAUGGGAUUCAGUGCUGCUAUAGAGAAUGGAGAAAACCUGCUGAUUGGUUGUCCACUUUGCUAUAAGGAUAUGGGUAAGUUGUUUGGUGCAACGAUGUAA